AUGCUGGAGACAAUACCGGGUUUUCUUGAAGAGUGUGAAUUUGUGGACACUUCACUAGCCGGAGAUGAUCUAUUUGCUAUCUUAGAGAGUCUUGAAGGUGCCGGAGAGAUAUCUCCCACGACUGCAUCUACACCUAAAGAUGGAACCACAAGUUCCAAAGACUUAGUAAAGGAUCAAAACUAUGAAACUUCAUCUCUUAAAACGAAGAGGAAAAGACUAGAAACUGAGAACGAAGAAGAGGAGGACGAUGGAAAAGGAGAAGGAGAAGGAGAAGGAGAAGAAGAAGAGUGUAAGCAAGAUGGGCAACAAAAGAUGUCUCAUGUAAACGUGGAACGUAAUAGGAGAAAGCAAAUGAACGAGCAUUUAACCGUUUUACGUUCUCUUAUGCCUUGUUUCUACGUCAAACGGGGGGACCAAGCAUCGAUUAUAGGUGGAGUUGUGGAAUACAUAAGCGAGCUACAGCAAGUUCUUCAUUCUUUAGAAGCAAAGAAACAACGUAAGACCUACGCGGAAGUCCUAAGCCCGAGACUAGUUCCAAGCCCUCGUCCUUCACCGCCUGUUCUUAGCCCACGUAAACCGCCUCUUAGCCCUCGUAUCAUCCACCAUCAUCUCCUUCUUCCACCCAUAAGCCCUCGAACCCCUCUGCCCACAAGCCCAUACGGUGUCCAUCCUCCCCAACUACCACUCAUUCCACAGCCUCCUCGUUCUUACAGCUCACUAGUCAGUUGCAGCAGCUUAGGGGACCCAACUCCAUACUCCCCAGCUUCAUCUUCUUCCUCUCCUUCAGUUAGUAGUAACCAUGAGAGUAGUUUGAUAAAUGAGCUUGUUGCUAACUCAAAGUCAGCUUUAGCUGACGUGGAAGUGAAGUUCUCAGGAGCUAAUGUGCUGCUCAAAACGGUGUCGCUUAAGAUACCAGGACAGGUUAUGAAGAUAAUCGCUACUCUGGAGGAUUUGGCUCUCGAGAUUCUCCAGGUUAACAUUAACACCGUCGAAGGAACCAUGCUUAACUCUUUCACCAUCAAG